GACGUCACACUAGUCUCUCUCUCGACGACAGCAAACAUGGAGGAGUAUGCCCGUGAACCCUGGUAAGAUUAGUUAGAAAUAUCCGACUUUCUCUACGUAUUCCACAAGAUCAACCCAGGGUAUAGCUUAGUCCUCUAAAUUUCCUCUUCAGGCUGUGUUGGUAGGGGGUAAGCGGGUUCCGAGGAAGAUCCUGAGCUUCGUAAGUGACCCGGUCAGGUGGAGGAGCUGUGGUCAGUCUGCAGCAUCAACAACAACACCUGGUCCAAGCUACGACUAAUGUCUGCAUUAAUGUGUCAGUGUUAAAGUUAAAUAGAAGAACACACAUUUCAUUAACAGUGUGUUUUUCAUUUUUGCGAUGGUAUGUGAAGUUAUCUUCAAACUGACCUGCAUAUUGUUGUACUUUACUUUGUUAUAUCCGACCUUAACAUUUGUAAAUUGCUUCUAUUCAUCACAUCACUGUCUCUUAUCUGUUUAACUUCGUCUUAUGGGGCACCACUGGCCGAGCAGUGUAUGCACAGGUCUCAUAUGAUGAGGUUAAGCUUCAAGCAGGCAGCCUGGGCACCAAAAACAGCCUCAACUAAACUUGCACGAUAAAUCGUCCGGCCGAUCGAUCGGCGCCGAUUUCCUUAAUUUUGGGGGAUCGGUGAUCGGCUGAUCCUCACACAUAAAACCGAUUUUAUCCACCAAUCUUAUCUACCUCUGCAAACGUCUGAAAGUCAGCCGUUGUAGCUUUUUGUUUUUGCCAGAAUGACAGGCCCACCCACCAGUUUAGUUUGUCCUGUAGAUUAUUCUACUAACUUCCUUAAACCUUGUGAUUUCCUUUAUUUAUAAAAGCAAAAUACUGCUGUGCACUUUAUUUUGGUAAGAGGCUCUAAACAGGCCUGCAGUGUGACCUGUUGCACAAGUAUUGUUAAUUUCUAAAAUGUGGAAAAUAAAAGACUAUUGUAUAUAUUGUCAGUUAUAAAAAAAAAAAAAAAAAAAAAAAGGUAUUGUCCAAAAUCAGUAUCGGCAGGUCAAGCUUUUUAAAGCUCGGUGAUUGGCUGGAAAAUUAGGAUUGGUGCACGUGUACCCUCAACUCAUUUUCCAGCUAUGCCUUUACAAAGGCAAUAAAAGCUCAAAGCUGUAGCCUUAAAAAAUCUAGUAUCAUAAACUUUUCCUCAUCUUUUUUUUUAAUCAGUCCCUGGAGGAUUGUGGAUGACUGUGGAGGAGCCUUCACCAUGGGUACAAUCGGAGGAGGAGUGUUCCAGGCUAUCAAGGGCUUUCGUAAUGCCCCUGCAGUGAGUCUCUCGAGUAAAUAUAGAGAUAACUUUUUUAGAUUUGUCUUCAUUUGUUUUUUCUUGUUUUUUCAAGUCGAUUUCAACAAGUGCUCUCAUGUUUCAGGGUGUGGGACACAGACUGAGGGGAAGUGCAAACGCAGUGAGAAUACGAGCUCCACAGAUUGGAGGUGAGAACAAAGCUGUUCCUUUGGACUCUUAUGAGAUAGGCCUAUGAGAUAUUUGAUGAUUCUCUUGCUAACUGUUAGCUGUAUUCUGGUAAUUUUAGCCCACUUAUUUCAAUGAAAUAAUUAUUGUAUUUGAAACCAGUCUUGCAGACACAAACUUGGCUUGUGUUUUGUGGUUUUGCAGGUAGCUUUGCUGUCUGGGGAGGCCUCUUUUCCACAAUCGACUGUGGUUUAGUCCGCCUAAGAGGAAGAGAGGAUCCUUGGAACUCAAUAACAAGUGGUGCACUCACUGGUGCCAUCCUUGCAGCGCGAAGUAUGAAAAGCCUGUGCAGUGUGACUUUUACUAUAUCAAAUUAAUUACUGAGACUCAGUGAAAUGUAUGUUUUCCUCUAGGUGGGCCAUUGACGAUGAUGGGCUCUGCCAUGAUGGGAGGAAUUUUACUCGCCCUCAUUGAGGGAUUUGGGAUCCUUCUCACCAGAUAUACAGCGCAGCAGUUUCAGAACCGUAAGUGAAGCAGAAAAUGUCAUUUCAUGUGAGUCUUUGUACCUCAGCACACCGCCACAGACAUUUAUCACAUUCACAGCUCCCCCCUGUGUUUCAGUAUGCUUCCUUUCACAGUUCUAGUGUUUUCAUCGGCAACUGUGCUGGUUUCAUUCUCACCUCUGUCAUGGUGCCAGUUUUGUUUAAACUCAAACUCCAUUUUUUUUUAAAGAGUUUAAAGGAAAUAAAACAGUGAGCAUGCACCGAGGGAGAAGCAGACUCUAAAUUAAGUCACCCCUACAUUAACCAUGCUAUAAUAAACAGGGGAUAAUAUGUUGGUGUUGUGUCCAGUCACAGCUAAAUGCUCAAAUAUUAUCAAAAAACAGAAAGUAAACAUGUAUUUCUUCAAAGUUUGAUUAUUGCUCUUCAGUAAGGGUAGAAAAGCACCAAACUGAAUGUGAUAUAAAUGCACAGAGGGAAAAAUCAAAUGUCUCUGUGUCUUCUUCCUCCAGCUGUUCCCUUUGCAGAGGAUCCCAGUCAGUUACCUCCAAAGGAUGGAGGUCAGCAGCAGCAGUAGCAGCUUGGACAGAGGUUAGAGGAGGAGGAGGCACAUCAGACACAACAGCAGGUCUCAGGAUGGACUGAAGGUGAAGACACUGGUCCCUAAAGUUGUGUCUACUUUUUGCACUAUGUGAUUUUACCUCAGGGGCAAAUCAUUGUCAAGUUUUUCAUGUGUUAAUGUUUUGGAUGUAAAGAAAUCCUUCUGGCAGACAUCACAUUUGCAUCUCUAGGAUCUCAUCAAUCACUUCACAGUAAGUGUUAUCCCACUAAAAAGAGUCUAAUCUAUUUACAAAGACCAGAUAUGAAGAUGGGAUAAGAUUGAGCCCUAUCCUGUCAGAUCAGACCCACUCCUAUCCCACCUUCAACUACAUGAGUGUAGCACUUUGCAGCAUUGAGAGAGGAAAAACCUCCUUGAACAGGCAGAAACCUCGAGCAGAACCAGACAGUAGACAGUUAAACUAACUAAACUGUUGUUAACGGACAGCUAGUGUUUACUCUGUUGACUAGACGUUAAAUAUGCUUGUGAAAUUAAACAUUUGAGAUCUUUAAGAAAAUCUAAAUAAUGAGGAAAUUGUUGAUAUAUGGGGAAUAUUCUUAUCUACCUGUGUACCCAGAGUUAGAUUAGAAGAUAGACAACACUAUCAUUUAUGAUUUGUAAAAAUACCACAGUAGCCAGCAGCUGUAAAGUUUCGCACAAGGAGUAAGAUUAGAGGAUGAUUUCACUUAACCAAAGAAAACUAGUCCUUUUUCUGUGAAUAAGUAAAACAGUUAGUUUUCUAACAGAAGAUGGAGCUUUACCUUCUUGGGUUGUUGUUGCUGAGAGUUGGUACCUAUCUAAUCAUGAAAGUAGAAAACAGGUAUUUUACUUGUGUUUGCAAGUUGUUUCUCUUCAUCAAGGCCUCCAAAGAUUUUAUUCAAGUAGUGAACUUUUUAUUUGUUAAAGAUAAUUUUGUCAAAAUGUGUGUUGAGAUAAAUAUUUAGUCACCAUCUAAUGUUGAAUGGGGCAGUAAUGUGAUUAUUCAACCUGUAGCGCACUGAUGAAAGCUCUCUAAUUUAAAACUUUAGUCUCACCUUGGAGUCAGGUGGAGUUCUUCAUUUAUAGUUUUGCAUAGUUGUAAGUGGUUAUCGUGGUCAAAGAGAAAAAAAACAAAGAAAAUUAGAUGACAGUAAAAUCCAAAGACAAAGAAACAGAUGAGACAGAUUGAUAAAUAAAGCAGCAGUCAGUGAAGAAAAAAACAGACAUCUGCAAUAAAGGUUAUAGAUGGAAAACAAGCUGUAUGUCACAACACAACAUUGUUUUUUAUUUUAGUUUAAAUUUCGCCAUGGAGAGCAGGAGUCUUAAAAUAUGCUUUAAAGUCUAAGAUCAUGUGAUUGUUUUUGAUUUUAUGUCAGCUGUGACAAUCAAUGCAAAAAAAAACAACACUGUACUGUCCUUACAUGUGCAUCUAAACUCAACAAAACCUCAUUUUGUGUUUCGGUAUUUCUUCAGCAGACAGCUGUGUUAAGCUCAAAAGGCUGCGUAUUAAUUCAAAAGAUGAAUAAGAUUUCGCUGUAAUUCCACUGUUUACUUUGCAGCUUUAAACGCACUUGUUUGUAUUAAGUUUGUCUUUUAAGCACUUUUUAAACCCAUCUCUCAAUUGUCUUUAAAUAACACCAUCUGCACACAGCAGAGAAACAUUGCACUACAAUGCUGAUCUUUUGCUUUUAAACUGUAUGUAGAAAGAACUAUUUAUUUAUUUAUGAUGUUAAUUUAUUUAUCUUGGAAAAGUCGAUUAAACAAAGUAUCAAAAGUUA